AUGCCCAGAAAACUAGACCACACAGCCCAUCCCUACCUCAUAGACCUCAUAAUCGCCGCGUCCACCCUCCCGACCCAACUCACCAUCCGCUCAACAUGCCGCGCGCUCCGAGACCGCGUCGACACGCACCUCGCGUCACACGUCGUCGUCCUCCCGAUCGAGCGGUCGAACGACGCGAGACUACACCUCCCGAACCUCACCAACCCAUUCACUGCUGGCCAAUCUAUCCUCCACGCGCCCGGAACCUCGUCUCUGCGCGGGGCUCCCGGUGUAGCCUCCACGCUCGACGUUCUGAGCGAACCCGCUGGCGCCGACCUCCUCCCGGGCAUCAUCUUAUCCCAGUUCGCGUCCGUCACGACACUACGCCGCUUCGGCCCCGCGGCAAUCACGCGUCCCUACUCUGCCUUGACACAAGUUCACACUGUUGUGGACUGUAUCCAGGGUGGAUGGGAGGAAGAGCCGCCGGAGAUCCGAUACCUCCCCCUCGUGAAACGGCACGUCAUCCACUUCUUAUGGGACGAGGCCGGCGCGUCAAAUCUACACCGGCCCCGCGGUGUGGCGGACAUAGUGCUUGACGAGCUCGUUCUCGUGCUCUGGCCCUUUCCUCCAGGAAGGGUGAGACCAGCAGCGCUGUACUGGCUCAUCUCCGACAUCGUCGCCGUGCGCGCCGCGCAGAUGACGAUCGUCGGCCUGGAGAAGGUGCACCCGGCACAAGUACUCGCUUCGAAUGACGGCAUGCGGGGCACGAUUGAGCGCGGCGACGUGCGCUCGCUCGCUGAUGUGCUCGGCGAUAUUUCGCGCGAGACGGAUACCCUCCCGCCUGCGUAUUAUACCUUGGAGGAGUGGCGCGCGUCGCUUGCCGAGGAGGAGCGCGACGUGCUAUGUCCGCCUGGGCUGGGCGACUGUCGUCCUGCGCGAGCACAGAGUGCACUGCAGCGCAUUGAGGAGUUCUUCUCGACGGACCUCGCGACGCCUGGCUGA